UGGUUUUCUGGAAAAAAAUAAUUUCUUUCCGGAAUUUACUUGCUCGAAAAUACAAGAUGGACAUUCCGUGAGAAGGUUACCGGACUGCAGUCUCAACCGUGGUAUCACCAAGAGUAUGAUUCGCAACUGAUCGUCAGGUCUUUUGCGGCACAAUAUUGCGGUUCCCGGUCGAAGAAAACUAUACUUCCGUCAGUUCUGGGACGGUGGGUAGGCGACCGGUGGGCUUCUAGCGCUUUGUAAGACUUUCCGGUCAGCGUUAAAGGUCGCGCUACUGGUUUCCGCCACCGUGCCCGCCACCGACCGCUCGCAGCACUGCGUUGAGGCUUCCGACGACGUAAUCCAGAACUGCGUCCAUGGAAGUGUAACCACGUUGAUGAUGCAGUACCGCGCUCGAACAGGGUGGAAACUCUCGGAGAUUCGCAAGCCCGAGGGAUCGGAGGAAACUGCCGCAGAGCUUCGCGGACCUCUGGCGGUCGUGCUCGAAAUCCAUCGGUCGCACCGAACUGGAAGGAAUGUGGAGCAAUGCGGUGGAACGAGAGGCGACGACGACAAUGAGGAACGGGCGUUGACCUACCGCACGACUCGUCGGAAGAAUCUUUUCCCAAACGAAAGACAUGAGCGCGAAGAGUUGAUCUGGAAAUCAUUGGAUGUUCGAGUGGGGGAUCUCAGGAAGACGCAACUUGAAAAGGACAUUUGGAGCUUUUGUGGGAGUCGUUUUCGCCACAUCUUUGUGUUUCUUAAACAACUCCGCCCGCCUGCCUGCUAAUUAAGAGCCUCGCCUCCUGACACUGAUCUUCCUAAUAAAUCGAAGUAAGUCUUGCAAAAGGUCUCGAGCAUCGGUGCCUCCAAAUCAGACGACGUCCGUUUCUGGAGCACCUGGUCACACGUGAAACUAAGCUCCAGGUCUGAAGCUCGGGCUUCAUGAUGUGUAGGAAAGUCUGCCAUGAAAAGAGAUCACCACCUGCAAAAGAGAUCAAGCGGAUGUUGGCAAAGAACUUGAGCUUGUAAAAAGAAAUUCCUGUUUUGUGUGAAGAGAACACCUUCAAAGGUGGACAUCAUACUACACAAUUCCAAUCUGCAUGUUUCCUCAAUGCGGCGCCAUCAUCAUGAAUUGCAAGUAGGCAAACACUUUUGCUCGAGUUUUUCAUACGAACUCACGCAAGCUGCCCACUAGUAUAAAGCUUCU